AUGAUAGGUACGACUGUAUCUAUUUCUCAGCAGUACUUGUUAGCCGGUAAGGCGAAGAGGAAAUUACUAAAAUGUGCAUCUACUGAGAAGAACAAGGACUACGAUUUGAGAAUACUCGUUGGACAUGCGAAUUUACUAGAUAGACUUAUGGAUAAUAUUGAUUCAUUUACUUAUUCGCAGAGGCAAGAGAGCGGCGCCGUUGAGUAUGUGAGUAGCGAUGACGAAGAAGAUGAGGAAGAAGAAGAAGACGACUCGGAUCAAGAAGAUGAAUUACAUGCACAGGAGUCCCUCUCCGAUGAGUCGUCAGGUACGGAAUCUGAAGAAGAAGAAGAAGAGGAAGAAGACGAGAAGCGUGUAGAAUCUCCAGUAGGGUACUAUGGAAGCACACCUCGCCAUUCACAAAGCGUUCAUUUCGCCACUAUAUGGGAGGAAGAAUCGGAACAACGAGGAUACGUGCCGCUGAAGCUGGGAUGUCCGGAUAGUUACUCUAACACCGGCUUGAGUGAUGAACAUGGAGAUUACGAAGAUGAUGAAGAGAGCGAAGACGAAGUUAGUACGGAUGGGAGUGAUGUAGAGCAGGAUCUUUCCAUGAUGCCCAUGGUUAUCAAGACAGAUAUGCCUAUAAGCGUUUAA